AUGGCAGCAGACAGGUUGCAGAGACUAGAGAGACAUACCCUUAAAAGCAUGGCCCACUCCCCCCCAGAAACGCUGAGUGACGUGAUCCUAGUGGAGUCAGAGACAGAUGUGGGGGAGCAUCUGGAGGAGGAUGGGCAACAGUGUGAAAUAGUCAUAGAACUUGAAGAAGAAAGAAGCUCUGAGGUGAUUUCACUGGAUUCUAGUGAAGAGUCAUUUGGCUCAUCACCAAGACCCAGCAAAGGUCUUAUUGCAUAUGAAGUCAUGGUUAACCAGAGAAAUAUAGAAGACAUCUGCAUAUGUUGUGGAAGUCUCCAGAUUCAUACACAACAUCCCUUAUUUGAUGGAGGAAUGUGUUUUCCAUGUAAGGACAACUUCUUGGAGUCAUUCUUCUUAUAUGAUGAAGAUGGGUAUCAGUCUUUCUGUACAAUCUGCUGCUCAGGGGAGAUAUUGCUAACAUGUGAAAACCCCAAUUGUAACAGGUGCUACUGUUUUGAAUGUAUAGAUGCCCUUGUAAAUCCUGGAAGUUCAGCAAAAUUUCAAGCAAUGAGUAACUGGAUAUGUUUCUUAUGUCUACCUUUGAUCUCGGAAAAUGGGCUUCUAAAGAAGAGGAGGAAGUGGCGAGAACACCUAAAGGAUUUCUAUGAUCGAGAGUCUCAGAGACCUCUGGAAAUGUAUAAAACUGUACCCGCAUGGAAACGAAAACCAAUCCAAGUCCUGUCCCUUUUUGGUGAUAUUGAGAACGAACUAGUCAAGUUUGGAUUUUUGGGAAACAAUUCUGAUAAUGGAAUGCUGAAAUAUUUGGAUGAUGUGACAGAUGUAGUAAGGAAAGAUGUAGAAGAAUGGGGACCGUUUGAUUUAAUAUACGGUUCUACCCCUCCAAUUGGUCAAAUCUUCAAACAUCCACCUGUGUUUCAGUUUGUACCAAUGCAUGAAGAAAAUAACUCAUAUCACUCCCCUUCACUUGGUACAGAGAUGAUGAACAAUGGAUGCAAAAUUCUGCACACUGUCAAAAAUGUAUGGUACUUCCUCCAGUAUUACCGAGUCUUACAAUAUGGGAAGCCUAAUAUGAACAGUGAAAAGCCGUUUUUCUGGAUGUUUGUGGAUAAUUUGGUCCUGACCGAAGAUGAUAGAGAAAUUGCUUCUCGAUUCCUUGAGACUGAUCCGGUGACUAUAUAUGAAAUGUGUGAUGAGAUGGUCGAAAAUGCAGUCCUUAUAUGGAGCAACAUACCACCCAUGCAAAGCAAUAAUUCACCUUUGACUUCAGACUGGGAUUUGUCUCUGCUAACACAGGACAUACAGAAGUUGGAGGCUUCUUCUCUGAGGCCAGCUGGGCUUGUAAAUAAAUAUUUUCUCCCUCUGAGAGAAUAUUUUAAGUGCUUUUCCUAA